GUUACUAUCACCAAGUGAUUGGUUCGUAUGGGACAGGGCAGCGGCUCUGUGAUUGGAUAAUCAAAGUGAAACCAAAUGUUGGACUGACAACAGUGAGAACGACCGAGGGUGCGGAGUUGGCUUGUUUAGGAAUUUCAGAUGCAGUGAUGGCAAAGAUGUUCAGUCUUUCAGAUUCUGAAUCCGAUAUUUCUGAUGAUGUCAUUCAAGAUGGUGACUCAAGUGGAAGAGAAGUACGAAAUGCAAGUUCAGUGAAGCAAAGCAGAACAAUGCCUUCAAUCAAGAUGUUGGAUGCGGAAGGGCGAACUAGGGGGGCUUCAGAAUCCCAGGCAUCAGAUGCAGAGAUGGAUGAUGAAUUAACCUCUUUCCGAAAUCGGUCACAUUCAGCACCACCAGCAUUGUGGGCAGCUCGUCGGUAUGGACGUGAAUUGCGCAGAAUGAGUGAUGAAUUUGGAAUUUCUCAUGGGGAAUUUAAAAGAGCAAAGAGUGCUGGAACUGCUAAGCAAAUGACUACCUCAACAAGCUGGUGGACUUUUUUGUGGAGCAAGAGACAACAGUCUGAAUCUUCCAAGGCUAAUUAACUUUAGCAUCCAGUACUCUUGGAUGUAUGCAUUUUCAUCAAGGACCAUAUUGUUGCUGUCCCCACUAUCCACAGAGGUGCAUGGUGGGAGCCAGUGCCUUGUCUGAUAUAAUGUGAUGGAGGUAUUGAUUAACUGUUAACAUGUACAUUCUGUAAAAAAAAAAAAACUAGAAUCAUGUUUUACUGAAGGGCUUAUUGGUGUUCAUUUUUGCUAUAAAAUACAUUUUAUCUGAAAGAUUUUAACUUUUAGUUUACAUGUGAAUUGCAGUUUUAGAAGUCCCAUUUAUGAGUCACUGUUCGUAUGGGGAAAAUGUCAAUAAAGUAUAUGUCAUAAUUGAGUUUAAAAAGGCAGAGUCAUAAAAGAUGUGUAUUUUAUGCAAUGGUGAAAUGAAUUUGACAGUUCAUACAAUAGUUAAUCAAAACAGCUGCCAACCUAAGAAGCCUUUUAAUUUUUCUCACAAUUUUUAACUUGUCUCCUGAAAAACUGCUUGUUUGUAUGAAGGUUAUAAUUUUAAAAUGGCAGACCACUACCACAUACAGUCAAUACCAGUGUGCUGCUACAGAGUUCAGUAAUUCUAGUGAAAAUACUUUGAAACACUUUGGUUUUACCUUGAUAUGUAUAUUUUGUAUAUAAUAUCCUAAUUGCUUUUUCUACUGUAUAUAUCAUUGUGGGCACCCGCCUAAGAUUUAUUGAUUGAAAAUAUUUUGAACAUGUUUCCAGGGAUAUACCGUGGCUGCAAUGUUGAAUUACUGACUUUUUAAGUAGAGUUAAAUUAAAUCUUUUUUUUUUUUUCUUCUUAAAUUGCAACUGAGAACAUUUUUGAUAUGUUCCUAGGAAUUGAGUUCACUGGACUAGUGUGCUGCAAUUAGUAUUAUCCUUAUGUAUCAAAUAAAUUAUGCAGCUGUAAGCUAACCACAA